CUCACCUACGAGUAUGUUUUGGAAGUAUUAUAUCUAAGACACGAUUGGUUUCUUCUGUUUCUUCUGGUUGUAUAAAUACAAGAGUGGACAUGGCUGAAUUGGGGCAUCACAAGCAGCACAGUUAGAGAGAAUAGUUGCACAGAAAUGGUGAGGGCACCAUAUUUGGACAAAAAUGGAGUAAGAAAAGGUGCAUGGAGCGAAAAUGAAGAUAACAUGUUGAGAGCGUACAUCGAAGAACAUGGCCAUAAGAAUUGGCGCAAACUUCCCAAGUUAGCCGGGUUAUCAAGAUGCGGCAAAAGUUGCAGGCUUAGAUGGAUGAAUUAUCUUCGUCCGAAUAUAAAAAGGGGAAAUUACACUGAUGAAGAAGAAGAAAUCAUAAUCAACUCACUCAACAUUCUUGGUAACAAAUGGGCAACUAUAGCUGCAAAAUUACCUGGACGAAGUGACAAUGAGAUCAAGAACUAUUGGCACACGCAUUUGAGGAAACGCAGUAAACAACGUAGUACGGUUUCACAUUCAGAAACUGAAAUCGUACAAAAUCCAAAAUGCAGUAAAGAAAAAGGUGUCCCACAAGUUUCUGAAAAAGAAUAUAGAGACGAAGUGGAAAUCUUAACUGCAGUUCUAUGUUCAGAUUCAUCAUCUAAUGCUAACAACCAACAAUCAUCAUCAAACAGCUUGGAACAUAUGGCUUCAAAUGGCUGCUCAUCACAACCGCCAAAUGGAGAUCCAGUCGGAGAUUUUUGGAGUAUGGAAGAUGAUUUUUUUAUGGCACUGAUGGAUUCUACAAACAAAUUUGUCUCUUCAUCUUAUGGUCAUGAUGUUAUCCUGAUAGAUGACGUUUUAUGGCCAACGAUGGAUUUUUGUGGUUUAUGAUACCCAUGUGAUGAGAUGACUUCAGUCUAUCAUGUAAAUCAUACAAAAAAAAACCCUUGUUUUGUGGGUUUUUUCUUUUGUUUUCUGUAAUUACUAAAAUCUGGAAAAGACAG